AUGUCUGCCGCGAAGACCAAGGCUCAGACUUUGAUUAACGAGAACGGUGUUGUCGUGUUCUCGAAAUCCUACUGCCCUUACUGCAACGCUAGCAAGCAGUUGCUGAACGAGCUCGGCGCGAAGUACGCCACUGUUGAGUUGGAUGAGAUUGCCGACGGUUCCGCCAUCCAAGACGCCCUUCAAGAAAUCAGUUCCCAGCGCACCGUUCCCAACAUCUUCAUCCAGCAGAAGCACCUGGGCGGAAACUCCGACCUCCAGGCGAAGAAGGCCCAGUUGCCGCAGUUGUUGAAGGAUGCUGGGGCUUUGUAA